AUGCCAACCUCUUACGCUGUUAUUGGUGCCUCCCGCGGGAUCGGUCUGGAGUUCGUCCGUCAGCUGGCCGCGCAUCCCGAUGCCACGGUAUACGCCGUUGUGCGCAACCCGUCCUCGUCGACCUUCCUCAGCGAUGCCGUCAAGGGACUGAAUAACGUGCACAUCGUCCAAGGCGACGUUGCGAGCCCGUCCUCGAUGAAGGCCGCCGCAGACGCCGUCGGCGCGCUCUCCGGGGGGAAGCUGGAUUGCCUCAUCCACAACGCCGCGAAGCUGGACGUUCCCUCCGUGAUCAAGGGCUUCGACGACUUCAAGGACUUAGACGAGAUGGACGACGCGCUGAUCGAGAUGUUCAAGAUCAACGCGCUCGGCCCGAUCCACAGCAUCUCCACCUUCCUCCCCCUCCUCCGCGCCGGCCCUACCAAGAAGGUCGUCGUGAUCGGCACUGAGGGCGGCUUCCCCGACGUCAUCCGCCUCCUCGCGCUCGACAACAUGGUCGGCUACGGCAUGAGCAAGGCCGCGGCGCACACCGCGACCGCCAAGUGGGCGGCCAAGCUCGCCCCGGAGCGCUUCGUCGUCGCCACCGUCUCCCCGGGCACGGUGGACACCACCGCGACCAUGCCGCCUGGCGACCUCGACCCCGCGCUCCUCGCCGCGAUGGGCGCGCAGAUCGCGGCGUGGAGGGCGAAGGGGGUGCCCGUCGUCGUGCAGACGGCGGAGGCGGCGGUGGGCAAGAUGUUGAAGGCGGUGGAGGGGCUGACCCCGGAGCAGAACGGGGCGUUCUUGUCGCCCACGAGCGGGGUUCCAUAG